CGAUGCUGUGUGAUCAAAGUCCGGUUAAGUGGUUCCAAGUGAUAAAUCGAAACAAGUUUUGCCAUAUAAGUUUCGUAUUUAUGGGUUAAUUUCGUGAAUUUUAAUAUUCGGAAUGGGCAACGGCAUCAUGUGAAAGAUGAAUUCAACACACAGAGAAAUCAUCAAUGUAAAUGUCAGAUGAAAGAAUUUCUUCAGCAACAAAAACAAUAAUCCAAAAACCGAAAGCCACACAACAUUCAUAAAUGAGAAAGUCGGUAAUCGUUCAAGUUUAAUUAUAGUUGCAAGACAAUAGUGUUUCCUCAAUUGCUGACUCAAAAUACCGAAGGUAUUCUUUGUUUCGGUCUAAUAGAAAAUGCGAUUUGGUACAUUUAUUUCCAAUACGUGAUGGUAUUACAAAUCAUGCUCUAUCAGAAAAGACCAUCAUAUACAUAUGGAGUGUGUUUUUCAUGACCAAAUAAAUUUUUGAGUGUAGUUAUAAAUACAUAUGCAUGUAUACGAUCGUGAUAUGGUAUGUUUGCGUGUGAAUAGCAGCGUUUAUGUGUACAACAAUAUUCGUUGUGUUCACCGGUACAACAACCUGUAAAAUAAAAAUCAAGUUAAGCAGUCGCGCAUUGGUCUUCACUGUGAUCAAAACAAAAUUCAUCGGUUGUGUAAGGUAAUAAGAUUGUGAACAACAGCAAAAAUGCUGUUUUUUGUAGUGUUGAGCAGCCUUGGCUUUUUGGCUUUUUAUCUAAGCAGAUCGUCCAAAGAGAUGCCAAAGAACUGGCAACAACUUCGUUCAGAGAUUUUGUGGCAAUAUUUGGGCGUGCGGGGGCUCAUCGAAGAUUAUUAUCUACGGAAAUAUAAUCGAGUCGAUCUAUUCAAACAGCCAGGCCGUGUAGCUGUAAUUACUGGUGGCAACAGAGGUAUCGGUGCUGAUGUAGUUGAAAAAUUAUUACAAUGUGAAAUAAAUGUGAUUAUGGGUGUACGAAAUCCAAAAGAGGCUCAGAAAAACAUCGAAUUGCGUGUCGACUUUUCCGAAUUGGACGGAGUUAAAAUCUAUUAUGAAUAUUUGGAUACGGGAAAUCUGAAGUCGGUGCGACAAUUUGCAAAAUCUGUUCAGCAAAAAUUCAACAAAAUUGAUAUACUUAUCAAUAAUGCUGGUAUAAUGGCCUCACCAUAUUAUCUCACCGAAGAUGGUUUUGAGAGCCAAUUCGCUGUUAAUUAUCUGGGUCAUUUUUUGUUGACACAUUUAUUAUUGCCACAAUUGAAAGCGGCCGGUACACAAGAUCUGAACUCACGUGUGGUAAAUGUAUCAUCCUGUGCCAAUAUUCUGGGCGAAAUCAAUAUGAAUGAUAUUAAUGGAACAAAAGACUAUUAUCCACCCAAUGCCUAUAAUCAAAGUAAAUUGGCUCAGGUUCUAUUCACACGACAUCUUCAACUUCUUAUCAAUCAAGACGAAGACCUACAUCUUCAAGUGCAUGCCGUUCAUCCGGGUGUUGUAGAUACCGAUUUGUUUGUACACUCCAGCACAACUUAUGUUCCAUGGUUUAAAAAACUGCUUUUCAAGAACACCGAAGAAGGAUCACGAACCAUUGUUUAUGCUGCUAUUUCACCGAAAAUUGAGGGUAAAGGUGGAUCCUAUUUGAGCAAUUGCGUUCGAGUACCGGUUAAUCCGUUGGCCAAGGACAAAGUUUUGCGCGAAAAAUUCUUUGAUUUCACAUGCAAACUAUUAGAUAUUAGUUUUUUUCCAAAAUGACUAAAUAAUAAUUAAGAAGUGGAACUGAAUCGAUCAGUGCACUUCCAUUAGAUAUAGUGCGCGAUUUAUUCAAAGUUUCGUUGUAAUGACUGAACACCGAGAGAGUAAAAUUUGUUGUUGAAUAAAUGCUCCUGUCGAAUUUAA